UUGAGCCGGUACAAAGACCAACGUAAGGCGCUUUUGCGCGGCUUGACGGUCGACCUCAUCGAGCAUGAGCGCAUCACCACCACGCUAGCCAAGGCCAAGGAAACACGGGUGAUGGCCGAAAAACUCAUCACCCACGGCAAAAAGGGGACGUUGCACAACCGGCGCAUCGCCCUGCGCCAGGUACCUCAUAAAGAUACCGUUGCCAAGGUUUUCAACGACCUGGGCCCGCGCUACGCGGAACGGCCCGGCGGUUACACCCGCAUCAUCAAACUGGGGCCGCGACAGGGCGAUGGCGCCUACAUGGCGGUUAUCGAAUUAGUCUAA